UCAGUGCCAAGUACAACACAAAUCAACAGUAUGAAUCUGGUCGCUUACCUAUUAUCUGUUGUUCUGCUAGCAGUUUCCCAAGCAUUUCCCGAUCGGCGGGAUCCAGCGGAACUGAUCAAAUCCCAGGGACGCAUCGUUGGUGGCUUCCCGGUGGAUAUUAAGGACAUUCCUUACCAGGUUUCAGUAGUUAAGUAUGGAAGCCACACCUGUGGCGGUGCCCUCAUCAGCUCUCGGUGGGUUCUGACAGCGGGACACUGUGCGUCAAGCAGCAAUACGCCUUUGCUGGGACUAAGAGUGGGUUCAACCGAUAGGAACAGCGGUGGACAGCUGUUGAAGUUGAAACGUGUCGUUCAACAUCCCAACUACAAUCCAACGAUCAUCGAUUACGACUUCGCUCUGCUAGAGCUGCAGGAAGACGUAACAUUCAACGAGAGGGUAGGAAUGGUUUCUCUCCCGGAACAGGACGAAGUGGUUGAGGAUGGAGCACAGUGUCGUGUUUCCGGUUGGGGCAGUACGCAGAACUCGCAAGAAUCGUCGAGAUAUCUUCGCGCUGCCGAUGUACCAUCGGUCAACCAGGAAACGUGCCAGGCUGCUUAUACGUACUUUGGAGAAAUCACUGCUCGGAUGAUUUGUGCUGGCUACAAACAAGGAGGAAAAGACGCUUGUCAGGGAGAUUCCGGCGGCCCGCUGGUUUCCGACCAGAAGUUAGUUGGUAUCGUUUCCUGGGGCUUCGGAUGCGCUCGGGCCGGCUAUCCAGGAGUAUAUGCUCGCGUUGCGUCCGUUCGCCAAUGGGUCACGGAGGUCAGUGGAAUCUGAGAGAAGACGCUCAGCAAGCAAUAACGUUAUCACUAAUAGACAGCAAUUAUCAUUUCAAUUUGUUUGCUCUCAAUAUUGUUGUUGUAAGCCAUUGAUAUUCCAUAAAUCACACCAACUGAACAAACAUCUA